AUGUCGCGAUUUACCAGACUGUACCUGCGGGUGCCUCGGCCAAAGACUCUCUUUGGCAUGAUCAGCCUCCAGACCGGCACCGAGGUCAUCUCGCUCGCUCUCGUCUUCAACAAGGUGACCGGCGUCUACGGGCUGCUGGCCAUCCUUACCGGCUACCAGCUCUCGCUGCUGCAGCUGUCCACCUACGUUUACUCCAUCGGCGUCCUCGUGCUGCUCGCCAACCUGAUCCCCCACAUCCGAAAACAAAGCCCCUUCGAAUGCCUAGCGCUGGCAUGGAUGUACAUUCUCGACACGGCCGUCAACGGACUGUACGCGGCAGCAUUUGGUCUGGACUGGUACUUCAAGAGCCAGACCACGGAUGGCACGGAUACCCAGACCUCGGGCCUGCCCAACUUUGUCGUGGAGGGUGUCGAGGGCUUGCGCCAGGAGGCCGCCAUCCACGGAAAGGUGGUUCCACAGGAGACGGCUACAAGCAUGUUGCUUAUUGUCGGCGCGACUCUGAUCCGAGUGUACUUUAGCUUCGUGGUGAUGGCGUAUGCGAAGCAGGUGCUACAGAAGUACAUGCAGCUGAUGAUCCUCGAGGGCCCUGGAGUGGAUGACCUCGAAGGCCCGUUCGCGGAGGACCUGCCGGACGGUGAGGGCCGCAAGGGACGGCUGGGCCGGCUGAUGGUGUCGUACGGCCGAGGCUACUGGCUGGAUCAGCGAGACACCGACGAGUGGGCGAGGGGCGUAGAGCCCAACAAGCCCGGUUCGCUGGGCACGCUCGUGGGUGAGGUGUAG